CUGUUCCUAAGCCUGGGCCACCAGCUGUUCCUAAGCCUGGGCCACCAGCUGUUCCUAAGCCUGGGCCACCAGCUGUUCCUAAGCCUGGGCCACCAGCUGUUCCUAAGCCUGGGCCACCAGCUGUUCCUAAGCCUGGGCCACCAGCUGUUCCUAAGCCUGGGCCACCAGCUGUUCCUAAGCCUGGGUCACCAGCUGUUCCUAAGCCUGGGCCACCAGCUGUUCCUAAGCCUGGGCCACCAGCUGUUCCUAAGCCUGGGUCACCAGCUGUUCCUAAGCCUGGGCCACCAGCUGUUCCUAAGCCUGGGCCACCAGCUGAGCUCAGCAUUUGA